AUGUCAGUCGAAGCAAAAACAUUCACGAACAAAUCUAAUGGCGAAACAUUCACAAAAGGCACUUAUAACGGUAUUGAAGUCUUACGUAGAGACAAGGAUGGUUACAUUAAUGCAACAAAGAUGGCAAGAGAAGCGGGAAGGUUAAACCAUUUAAACAGAUUUCUCAAUAGUGCUAAAAUGCAGGAAAAUUCUUGA